AUGGAGAAUGCUUUCCCGGCUUCUUCCACAAACUCUUUACCCAUACACUCCCGCUCCAGAUCCAUCGGCUCCCUCUCUAUUCGCGACCGUUCUUCAAUUCCCACAAAUGCUACAACCACUCCAAAGUCGGUUCCUCAUACUCGUCAGCAAAGACUGCUACAGACACGCCACGCCAGAUUCUCUGCCCAGAGGCUGUCAGUCAACACCAUCACCUUUCCCCAAUUGAUUCGAUCCUCUGAGAACGACUCUCCACACUUCUCCUCUCCUCGGUAUAUCAAACAAGAUGAAUCUCAUUCACCAUCCGACAUGACCAGUGACCUGACCAGUUCCUCUCCGGCUUCUACUAUCUUGAACGAGAUUGCAAACUUUGCCGCUUCUCGCAAACACUCCCACCAAUCCAGACCUCCAAUACCAAUCUUCAAGGACUCAUCAGACCGGUUCAGUGCAACUGCAGUUCACCGGAGCUCUUCCAACGAACCUCCGGCCUUUUCUACUGAUUCAGUCGAGAGCGCAUCCACCGAUAUGGGUCUCAGAGAGGUCUCGGUGAACUUACAACGAUCAUCGCCCGUCCUCGCUGGCUCUCCCCAUUAUGCUUCAAUCCGUUCAUCGGUUCGUCGACGAACUUCACAGGCCAAACAUCGCUUCAACUCCGAGGAGUAUAUUCAACACAUUGAAAAUGAAUUACAAAUGGUAAAAGAUGCAAUGUAUUCACCAAAUACUCAUCUUCCCUGGAAAGAAAAGCUCAAGAAAGCUAGGCAGGAGAAUGAGCAAUUGAAAAAGGAGCUCGAAGUCCAACAGUCCUCCUUUGAGUUGGAACUACGUAACACCGUGGAGCGUUUGACCGAAAAUGAACUUCGACUAAAACGAAAGGUUAGAGAUCUUGAGGAGUCCGCCGAGCAAAAAAAUGCCACCAUCAAGGAGCUCGAGUUCAAUCGGGAAGAAUCCAGACUUGACCAGGGAGCCGUCGAUGCUUUGAGAGCACGCAUUGAUAAACUCGAAGAAGAGAGGAUGUCUUUGGAGGUGACAAAUCGUGGCAUGACCAAACGAAAUGAAGUCUUGACUCAAUUACUCGCUCUCUCGCCCACCAAAAGCCAACAUGGCAUUGAGCUACCUACUCCAAGACGGAGAAACGGUCGUCCAAUGUCUCUGAUCAUUCCUCGUAUGCCUUCAUCACCCGUCCAAUUUACACCUUUGAGUCGCCCUCAGUCCAUCGUCAUGUCUCCAGGAAACACGGAACCGGGCUACUUUACUAGAUAUAACCUAUCAUCUCCUGUUAUUUCGAGUCCAGGGUUUCAUCGUCCCACGUACAGUGAGACCAACGAUGACAUUCGUUCCAUUGAUUCGGGUCUAGGAGAAUCAUGUGUACAGUCCACAAACCCAGCAGCUUCGAGACGUUCAACCCUGGCUUCUCACGUUUCGAGCAGUCCAGAGUUACCUCCGUCUUUUCACCCGCCGCAUGAUUCCAGACCACCAUUGCAUGUUAGACAACCUUCCAAGAGACGACCACGGAAAUUCAUACCAGGAUCAACACAGCUGAAGCCUUUGUUGUUGCCGACAUUUACUGCAGACAAUGGCAAUCUUCCCUCCGCAUCCCCACUAACAUCGCCUCAACGAACAGCCGACGCAACAGAUUCGAAUCCCCUGCAUGCGAGUGAUCCAGGGAAGCCUGCCUCGCGUUCCGGCGAAUCCAGCCAAGAAAUUCCUACAUCUCCUCCGAGUUGUCCUGACUAUCUGAUAUCGGAACCCGGACCUUCGUUCCAAAGUUUAAAUGAAGUCUUCGCGAAGCUGGGAGAAAGUACGGAACCAACCUUGAUGCCAGAACCGCCCGGGUCUGACUCAAGACGAGGCCACGGAGAGCUUCCCACCAAGGACUCUGAGAAUUCUUAUAUGCAUUCAGAAUUUGGUCGAAAGCCACCUCGCCCUCGCAUUACAUCAUGGGUAUUAAAGACUGUGCCAACUCCACCUAGUGGAGCAGACAUUAUUUACGACCACGGUCACCCGUCUAUCGAUCAGGGAGCAUUCUAUAAAGGCUUCGGUCCUGUAGGGACAUCUCAGUCUGGACACUCACUUCGAGAUAGCGAGCCAGAGAUUUCCCCUGUGGAGAUUCCUAGACCAUUAUUCUCGAGGGCUGUGUCUCGCUCACUUGACGAAGCGUAUCUAGAGGGAAGAUCCCAUCUUGAAGAGUCCCCUUUGAACCCACGCAAGCGACGCAAAGGUUCGAAAACCGAUGUACGGCUUUCUCCUGACCAAAGCAAUGUGCACAAGCCAAGUCUGAAGGACACUGAUGCACCUAACACACGCCCGGUCUUGAAUCCAAAGUCUCUGAGAGAUCGUGCUAUAUGUGACAGCCAAACUCAACGUCGGUCAAGCAAUAGGAUGAAGACUGGAAGCGCGAACGUUCUUAGUCCCUUAGAACUACUUCAACAGAGGGGUAUAGGGUCCAAACCACUUGCUGCAAUAACAAUUCAGACGGUAUAUGCAACUUUAUCAAGGUACACCUCAUAUAUCCAGACAUUCAAACAAGACCCACUUGCGCUUGCUAGACGAGUCAUAGCGAAUGCAUGGCGAUCCAACUGGGCUGUAUUUGGAAAGAUGAGCUGGUGGGUUCUUGGCUUAUUCAUUAGCCGCCGCAGAUCAUCUACCAGUAAUGAUGAAUGGGAUUGGGACGUCUAUGAUGGCGAGAGUAUUGCCCAGAAGUUUUGUUCUGAUUACAACGAUAUCGAAGAUUCCGACUAUGGGACUGAUCGUCAACAAGAAGAUGCUGUGCGCCACGGCUCAGACUUUUGUCAAUCGCACAAUACGGUUCAGAAUCAGACCAAGCAGAAGUUACCUCCCGAAGGAGUCAAGUCUGGUUGGGGUAAUUCUUUGUUGCUUUGGGGCAAGUUCAGUGUUGCAAUCAUGCUUGCUGUGGGAGGCGCCAUCGUUCGAGGACCUGGUGAGAUGUUGCGAGACACAGAGGAUCGAAGGCAUUCCAGAUCUAGCAGUAUUGAAAAGAGGCACAAGAGAUUAAGUGCCAAGUUGCCACAUCUGGAUCAUACCGCUGGAACUCUCUUGGAUCGUUUCAAAGCAGCUCGGCUUUCGCCACAAUGUCAUGACUUAGAGCCAAACACCAUUCGGAAGGUGCGAAGCUUUAGCUCUCCGACUCCAUCAUGUGGAUAUCACGAAGCCAAUGUGACGUUCGCACGGUCUCACAUCGCAAUUGGACCUUCGGGAUACCCUUCUGACACUCAGGACACAUCUGUGGCAGUCGAACCAUCUGUCAAGCGUUCUGAUGUUUACGAUCCUGUUUCUCUUACGAAUGAUGACACCCUCAAGCCUAGAAGGACUGAACGCAAGGGUAUCGAGGCUUUCUUUCAGGACUCGCCAGGCGUGAUUUUGAACAAUACCACUGAGAUACAUGCCACAAUGAAGAGGUAUGCAAACCAAGGGUCAAAUACAAUUAACAAUGCUAGCCAUUUCUCUGAUUAUGGAUAA